UUUAACUUUUUACUUUUUGCAAUCUGCCGAUUGAUUGGGCCAUGUCAGAAUCAAAGCCGACGCUGCGGAGUCGAGUUGCGACCACCCUGGGCGAAGGCUUCCGAGCUGUUGUGGCGUACGAGACGGCCAAGGUGGUCGAGGUGCGCUCGCUCAAGCUGGGCUUUUUCAAUCGCUUCGUCCAGCUCGCCAUUCUGGGCUACGUGAUUGGUUAUACCAUCGUGUACCAGAAGGGCUACCAGACACAAGCGCCGCUCCAGAGCACGCUCACUACCAAGGUCAAGAACGUGGGCUUUGCCUGCCAGAGCACGGACUCUGCUGGCGGUCGGUACGGCGGGCGGGGCGGUGCCGCAAUCGGAGUUACCACAUGUCCCAUUCCAGGAGUGGAUCCGCCUGGGAACACCGAGCUCAGCCUGUGGGACUCGACAGACUACGUGAUUCCUGCAAAUGAGCACGAUGCCUUGUUCAUUUUAACCAACUCGAUUGUGACUCCAGAGCAAAAGCAAACGACUUGCGCCGAGGAUCCUCAAUAUGCACAAGCGUGCACGGACGAUUCGGAAUGUACCAAGUAUUCUAGUACUCGAAAUGGAAUCAUGACUGGCCGGUGCGUGAACAGCACGUGCGAGAUUUACGCCUGGGCUCCGCUUGAACUGGACUCGCUCAGCCCGCAGUCGGGCUCUGUGAUUGAGCAAGCCGGAAACUUCACCGUGUUUAUCAAAAACAACGUUCGCUUUGCCAAGUUUGGCAUCUCCCGCACCAAUGUAGACAUUGGAAACACGAGUGCUGCCUAUCUCGCCAAUUGCCGCUGGAACAAGGAGACCGACUACUAUUGUCCCAUCUUCAAGCUGGGUGACUUGGUUGAAGCUUCCGGCUGGAAGAUUGAAGACAUGUUGGUGCUGGGAGGAGUGCUUGGAGUCAACCUCGAUUGGACUUGCAAUUUCGACAACGAUGAGAGCGAAUGCCGCCCAGUCUUCUCCAUCAGUCGAAUCGACGAUCCAACGUCCACGAGUCCUGGAUACAACUUCCGCUAUGCCGACUAUUACACACUCCCGUCGCCAACCGAUCCAUCGAUCAGCGUCCCGCAUCGUGAUUUAAUCAAGGCGUACGGCAUUCGCCUCAUCUUUGUCGUGUCUGGCGAAGGAGGCAAGUUUGAUGUUGCGGCGCUCACCAUGAGUCUCGGCUCGGGCUUGGCUCUGCUUGGUCUGGCGACCUUGCUGUGCGACUUUUUCAUGACGCAUUUCUUUGCCAAGAAGGACUACUACCGCGAGAAAAAGUUUGAACUCGUGGAUGAUCUCCCGCCGCUCGAUCAGACAUUUAGUCGUCUCGUCGGUGGCCCUCGCCGCUCGGAAGUUGCCGUGCCUGUUCCAUCAACCUCCACCAGUGUUGGAUCCGUCCAAGGGGGUAACACUGCAAGCGAGAAGAGCCCGCUGCUGCAGGAAGAUCAACGGCACACUUGGUCUUAAUCUGAAUUUUUCGGAAACGCCGGGUUGGUUCUUUGGGUGCUUUGCAGAAGGGUUGCUGGUGUUGUCAUUCUGCUGGAACGCUCUGCUUGAUUUGAUCACGAACGAAUCCCAAAAACAAUUCCAUUUAAUUUGAAAGAAACUGCUC